AUCCGCGUUACACCGUAUAGUGGAUAACUGUUGUCCUGUCAUAGCUGCAUUACAAAACAUGUAGAACAAGUUUUGGUAUAGCCAAAGGCGUGGCUUUAUGCUAUAUAAAUAGAAGUAAUAAGGGGGGUAUUCAGUUCUAGCGAGAUUUUUCUGGAGUCACCUUCAACUUUUCAACAUGGACGAAAGAAUGGAGAAUAUGAUACAGGAUAAAGUUCAGCAGGCAUUUACGAUGCAUAAAACAGAUAUGUUGUCGGAGAUGGAAUCCAUGUUCAAUAAGAUAAGUGAAAAUUCUAACAGUUCUCAGUUAAAUAAAAUAUCUGGUAUUGUGAAGUCGUCAGUUGGACAAAAAUUUAAGAGAAAAAGCAAUGAGGAACAAUUUAAAAUUAAUGAAAGUAUUUCAUUAAAGUUAGAUGAAGCAUCUGAAUCCAACAAUUUGCAAGAGGCACGCUCAAAAAUCGCGGAAGCGAAGACCAUGAUAACACACAGACAAAAGCUGAUAAGAUUGGCCGAUUCGUCCGAGCUAGGAUGGAAACUCGUAAAUGAAUAUGAGUCAAACCCUCUAGCCAGUGAUUCGGACGACGAAAAGCGUAUAUACAAAGCAGAGGCACGGGCCAACCGUAAAGCUAGAGCGGAAAAGGUUAAGAGACGAUCCCAGUUUAGGACAGCACCUUAUCGUAGGAUCGAGCCUAGCAGAAUUGAUCAAAGCCCACGACAGCAAAACCAAAGUCAGCAAAAUUCAAGACGUUUGCCAGGGUUAUGUUUUGCUUGCGGAAAACCAGGUCAUUGGAAGGGAUCACAAGAAUGCCCAAUGACCAAUACUAACAAUAAGAUAAGUACUUAUUUUUGCAAUAAGAUUUGUAAGCAAAGUUCGGAAAACUUUUCAGGUGUCACCAAAGGUUUAGAGCAAGAAACAAAAGGUGAGAAUCUUUCGAAAAAUAAGUUUGAUAAUAAGUCAGAAGACUUUCAGAAUUCCGGAAAUGAAAGAGAUCAAAAACAGGUAAAAUCACCAGUAGGUAGGCUGAAAGAAUGUUUUACCGAAUGGGAAAGCGCAACUAGCAGUCUUUUUAUCAAAAAUAUUGUAAAAGAAGGUUACAGACUACCUUUUAAAGAAAUACCUAACAGCGUCGUGUUAAAGAAUAAUAAAUCGGCUAGAGAGAAUCCAGAAUUUGUUCGUACAGAAAUUAAGAGUUUAUUACAGAAAGGUGUCAUAUCAAAAACAGAAAAUCUUCCACAUGUAGUAAAUCCUCUAACUGUAGCAUAUGGUAAAUCUGGAAAACCAAGGUUGGUUCUAGAUUGCAGACAUAUUAAUCCGCAUUUGCACUUGUUUAAAGUCAAGUUUGAAGAUGUUAAUGUGGCUAAAGACAUUUUUGAAAAUAGUUCUUUCUUAUUUACAUAUGAUCUAAAAGGUGCAUACCAUCAUAUUGAUAUUUUUGAAGAACAUAGAACAUAUUUAGGAUUUUCAUUCGAAAACACAUUUUAUGUAUUCAAUUCCUUGCCAUUUGGAAUUCGAACAGCAGGCCAUAUAUUUACGAAGCUUUUGAAAGUAGUUGUAACAGUAUUACGUGAAAAAGGUCACCGAGUUGUAAUGUUUUUAGAUGACGGUAUAGGUGGAAAUAGAGAUUAUGAGACCGCAGUUAGGUCAAGCAGAUGUGUUCAAAACACAAUAAAGUCAUUUGGUUUUCUUUUCGCAGACGAAAAAUGUCAAUGGCAACCGACACGGAAUGUCGUAUGGCUAGGUCAUGUAAUUGAUAUGAAUAAAAAUUUGUUAUUCAUAACGGAAGAACGAAUAAGGAUUUUAGAAAUAAAGAUAAAAUCACUUGUUUUGCAAAUACGAUUGGAUAAAUGCGGAAUAGUACCUGUCAGAUUUUUAGCUUCAGUAGCAGGCCAAAUAAUCUCUAUGCAAAGUGUAAUCGGUAAUAAAGUGAGAUUAUAUACAAGAGAGUUGUUUAAGUGUAUAAACGCAAGAGCUAGCUGGAAUGCACCGGUAAGGGUAUCAGAACAAGCAGUAGGAGAACUGCUGUAUUGGAAAGAGAAAGCACGAUCACUUAAUGAAAAAGGGAAAGAUUUAAAGUAUUUCCCUAAGAGUGAUUUCGUAUUAUACGUGGAUGCGAGUGCCACGGGGUACGGAAGUUUUCUAGAACAAGAUAACCUUAGUUCAUAUGCCUGUUUUGUUAAUGACAAUACAUGUUUCCCGGAAGCGGAAUCGGAAGGUAAGUGUAACAGUGUAAAUGUUACAAUCAAGAAAACAUUAGCUUUCCCGGAAGAGAAAGUAUGUGUCCCACCGGAAGUGGAGAGAGAAAUGAUACGUAUGUCCCCGGAAGUGGACUCAGUAAGGAAAAAUAGUUUCCAUGAAGUGGAAUUAGAAGGUAAGUGUAACAGUGAAAAUGUUACAAUCAAGGAAAUAUUAGCUUUCCCGGAAGAGAAAGUCUGUGUUCCACCGGAAGUGGAUAGAAAAAUAAUACGCAUGUUCCCGGAAGCGGACAUAGUAAAGAAAAAUAGUUGUCCGGAAGCACACACAGUAAAGAAGGUAGAUUCGAUUAACAAAAAAUGUUUAAAAUUUCCAUGUAGGGAGAUAAUAGGAGAUUGGUCGCUUGAAGAACAAAAUAAAAGUUCUACGUGGAGAGAGUCUGAAGCUGUAUAUAGAUCAAUGAGAACAUUUGCAAGUACCUUGAAAAAUUCACAUGUUACGGUAUAUUCAGACAACAAAAAUGUAAAAUCAGUUUUGUUAAAUGGUAGUAGAAAAGCAAACAUUCAAUCAAUUUCAAUUGAUUUCAAUAAUAUUUGUCAAAGAGAAAAUAUAAAAGUAAAUCAAGAAUGGAUUCCCCGAGAAAGCAAUACUAGAGCUGAUUUUUUAAGUCGGUGUACAGAUAGUGAUGGUUGGGAAAUAUGUGAUGAUAUUUUCCACACUUUUGACCUAAAAUGGGGAAGAUACACCAUAGAUAGGUUUGCUUCUAACCUGAAUAAUAAAUGCAAGAGAUUCAAUUCGAGAUGGUGGGUACCAGGCACAGAAGCAGUUGAUGCUUUAUCGCAGAACUGGUCACAUGACAUAAACUGGAUAGUUCCGCCACCAAGAUUGGUUAUGAAAUGUUUAGUAAAAACUCUCGAAGAGAAAGCUAAAUGCACAUAUAUACUACCAAAAUGGACAAGUGCGCCAUAUUGGCCAUUAUUGAUAGACAACAGAGGAAAUUUUUAAUGUUUU